AUUGUUUUAACACACAUAAACUCUGGAUUUUCCCGCUGAUACCAUUGCACGUACGUCAAGCCGACACUUGCGCAAUUUUUUUAUUCUAUUGUAGCACAAGCUGUUGAGUGCAGAGCAAAAAGAGAAUUCAAGAUGAAUCAAUCAAUUACUCUCGUCACACUCGUUCUAGGAAUCACUGCUGUCAUCUGCACUGGUGCUGUGGAGAUGUGUCCAGAGGAGAAUUGUUUGGCUUCUGAUAAAUGUGAAGAGAUUGUGAAGGGCGAUAUGAAGUGUCAUCUUCAGGGGACGACUUGCUGUAGUGUAGUAAUUUCCGAAUUUCAAACGCACUGCAGGCAUCACGGGGGCGAGUGCAUGAAGACCUGCUCCUCGACUCUAAUUAGAGAAGUAAUUGACUGUCCGGAUAAUGAGUACUGCUGCGUGUUGGUCUGAUAAAAAAAUUCCCACCAAUCGUUUUCCCUGUCUUGCCAAAAAUUUCCCCUCACCUCCAGAAAUCCCGUACAUCACUCCCUUCUCAAUCCUGAAAAAAGAAUAAUUAAAUAAAUAACUAAC